AUGACACUGAUGCACCAAACUGUGUUUAUAUGGAAGCGAAUCUGUCAGCGGGAUGCACUUGGAUGCAUUUGCCAAAAUAAUUCUUGAUCUUUUACGUUACAGCGUCAACUAUGGAGCCUGAAGGAAAAUAUCAUCUUGUUGGUCCUGAAGAGCCAAUAAAGGCACAAGUGGGAUCCAACGUUGUUCUACCAUGUUUUGUGAAGCCCGCAGUUGACAUGAGAGGCGCUGUAGUCGAGUGGAUUUUCAACUCCAGUAAAACUGUUCACUUGUUUCGUAAUGAAGCUGAUGACCGAGAAUCUCAAGACAACAGAUACAAAGAUCGAACUUAUCUCAACCAUGCAAUGCUUGAACAUGGUAACGUUUCCCUCAAGUUGUCCAAAGUAACUAAGAACGAUGCAGGGAUUUACACCUGCUUUGUUCAGCGUCUGCCUGAUCUCUCUGAAAAGAUAAAUGUUACUCUGAUUGUUGUUGAUGGAAAAGAAAAUGAAAACCCCGACGGUCAUUAUGAAGGUAAAUAUCUUAACAACUGAUAAUCAGAUGUUACU